AUGAAGUACGACUACGUAGUAGUUGGUGGCGGCUCGGCCGGCUGCGUAAUGGCAACCAGACUUUCCGAAAUGACCGAUAAAUCGGUGAUUUUGCUGGAAGCGGGCCCCGAUUAUCCGGACUUUGAGCAUCUGCCCCAGGACUUGAAGCAGGGCAACAAUACCUGGCUGUCGGCCUAUGGGCCGCACAGCUGGGAUUUGCGCGGUCGGGCGAAUCCGUCGCAGGAUGAGCCGAUGAUCAUCCCCCGCGGCAAGGCGAUGGGCGGGUCGUCGUCGAUCAAUGGCCAGGUGGUGUUCCGGGGAAUCCCCGAGGACUAUGACCUUUGGGCAGAAUGGGGCAACGAUGAGUGGAAAUUCACCGACUGCCUGCCGUUUUUCCGCAAGCUGGAAAACGACCGCGACUACGGCGGCGAUGACUUCCACGGUUCCGAAGGCCCUUUGCCGGUGCGCCGACCCCGCCGGGCCGAUUGGCUUCCCUUCAACACCGCGUUCUACGACGCCUGCGUAGCCCUGGGCAUCCCGGAGCAUCCCGACCAGAACGCCCCCGACUGCUAUACCGCCAUCUCACCGCGACCGAUGAACAACAUCGACGGCGUGCGGAUGAGCACUUCGCUCACCUUUUUGAGCACGGCCCGCCACCGCCUGAACCUCACGGUGCGCGGCAACAUCCACGCCCGGCGCGUAGUGUUGGACGGCAACAAAGCGGUAGGUGUGGAGGUGGAAAGCGGCGGCGAAAUCUUCACCGUCGAGGGCGAGGAAAUCGUGCUGUGCAGCGGCACAAUCGGCUCCGCCCAGAUACUGCUGCUGUCCGGCAUCGGCCCCGCCGACCACCUCAAGGAGAUGGGCGAGGAACCGGACACGUUCGCUCCCCAAAUACAGGUGGGUUUGCGGUGGAGCGCCGCCGACUCGCCCACCAAGGCCGAUUUCCAGAUAACCCCCACGCUGAUGACCAGCGAGCACCGCCCCGCCAGCAUCAGCUACGACGGCGAGGGUUUCCAUUUCGGCCUCAGUGUGGGACUACAAAACGCGGUUUCAGCAGGCCGGAUCAAGUUGCAGUCAACGGACCCACUGGUGCAGCCCGAUCUGGAUUACCAGCUAUUCAGCGACUCUUACGACCGGCAACGUAUGAGGGUGGCCGUGCGGAAGGCGUUGGAAAUCGCCGAGCGCGCGCCGUUCGGGGAUUUCAUCGUGGAGAGGCUCAAUCCGGUGGACGCCGACCUGGUUGACGAUGACGCACUGGACAACUGGAUUCUGCGUAACGCCUACACACAGCAUCACAUCGCCGGAACCUGCAAAAUGGGGCCGGCCAGUGAUCCGCUGGCGGUGGUGUCGCAGCACGGUCAGGUGCACGGCAUCGAGGGUCUGCGCGUUGCUGAUGCGUCCGUGAUGCCCGACGUAAUCCGAGCCAACACCAACGCCACCACAAUCAUGAUCAGCGAACGGGUGGCGGAAUGGAUCAAGUCUGGGCAAUAG